AGACGAGCUGAAUUUCAUCUUGGAAGACCAUUGACUAUUAACUAACGUCCAUGGUUUUCCCCUUUUAAAAUAAAUGGUCCUGUCUUAAAAUGAAAAAUUACAUGACUAACAUUCCUGGGUUUUUCUUUUCCCCUCACAAAUUAGCUUGCAUUUGACCCAUAGAUUAUUUUUACAAAAACAUAACCUUUUAAAUUUAUAUAGUAAUCUCCGUGAUCAAAUAAUCAUCCUUUCCGCUCUAAAACAAGUUCCAGCCCAGCUCUACUAUUUAUUGCUGCGUCCAACAAGGCCUAUGGCUGAUGUUCAACCUGCAUGAAAACAAACAUUGUCUAGACUUUUUCCUGAAUAAACCUUGAGCUCAUGUUUUAAACUCGACGUUGAAUGUGCCUAUGUGUUUUUAAAUAGUGUCCCUUUCUCAUAUGACAAAUGCCUACAUAUUCACUUCAAAUAUUUGUGCAAUGAAAUACGUGGAAGGGGAAAGUGAAGACAUUCAUCGCUGUUAGGAGCAAUUGUCGUCACUGGGAGAUUGGAAUCGUUUAAAUUUCGUAGGGCUGAGAUGCCCACAUUAUUUAAUGUGUUUUAUUGAUAAAGAGGUAAUUAUGUUAACAUUAUGCCAGUAAUGAACCCAUAUGCAAUAAACUCCCUCUAGUGGUAAUACCAAUCGAAGAAAGAAAGACUAGAAAACGUAUAGACUAUGGGAUUUCUUUUUAAAUAACUGCCUUUAUUAUUAAGGUGGCACCACAUUUAAUUUUAGUAAAUGUGGGGUUUGCCCGUUAUGUGAAACAUGCAGGAGGAAAAAGUGCAAAAGGAAAGAAAGAAACGCCUCACAGUGUACCGCCUUCUUCUGUACCUGGGCUUAUUUAAAAGCUUUUGGGAGCACAAAGUGCUGCAGUUUCUCCUGCUACCUGCUCAAAAUUACAAAUAUAGUCAUUCUUUUAAAAUGACAAAAUAUUCAUUUAUUCUAUUCUUCUCCAUACACUUGUUCAUCCUGGUCUGUUUGAGCGCCGCACAGCACCAUGGACCCUGGAGACACAAGGUUAAGUGGGAAACUAACGGACAGGUUUACAGUUUGCUGAGCACCGCUUCUCAGUAUCACACACCUGUUUCUGGAAAACGGAAUGGCAGGUUUUUACUGACGAGGCAUAUGCCAGCAUUCUCGAGCAGGCUUUUUAUAGGACGUUUUGGCAGUACCAAGACACACGCAGUUGGGCAUGCGGUGCAUUCAAACUCCGUGCCAGAGCACAGUCUUGGUGUGGAUGCAAGACCUUACAUGAUAGCUGGUUAUGCGUCUCACGUGAGGAACAAUAACCAGUUGCCUUUGCAUGCGAAAAGAACUGCGCUUUCUUCAGAUGAACUGCAAUAUGGGACAGCCCCAACUGGCACAACUACACUGGAAGCCUCAGGGAGCUCAAGAGCAUCCAGACGCCGUAAUUUAGUUACCAGCGCACCAGUGCCAAAACGAACAUCUACCAGAAAACCAUCCGCUAUUCAUUCUGAGGAGAAUCAGCUUCCUCAACCUCAACUUUCCACUUUGACUUGGAGUAAAACAGCUAAUAAAUCCAAACUUCUAACACGACCCAAUUCAGCUGCACCCUCAGCAGCUGUUAAUAUCAGAAAUACAGUAAUACGUCCUCCAUUCCAGGCUGAGGAAAGAGGAGGUGACAACAUGAUUGGUGAUGAACCAACUAAUCCUCAAGUAAACAACAGAAACUCUUUUCACUAUAAUCUGCUCCCGUAUGGAAGUGGUGACAGAUCUCCUCAGAGAGAAACGGGACACGGUACAAGCUAUUUUCAUAACGGUCUGCCUGAUCUCAUUCCUGACCCUUAUUACAUCCAAGCAGCAUCUUAUAUCCAGAGAGUUCAGAUGUACACAUUAAGAUGUGCUGCAGAAGAGAACUGCCUCUCCAGUUCUGCGUACGACUCCAGAGUGAGAGACCUUGAUUACAGAGUGCUGCUCAGAUUUCCUCAGAGGGUCAAAAAUCAAGGCACUGCAGAUUUUCUCCCUGUGAAACCACAUCAUCAAUGGGAAUGGCACAGCUGCCAUCAACAUUAUCACAGCAUGGAUGCCUUCAGCGACUACGACCUCCUGGAUGCCUCCACGGGCAGAAAGGUGGCUGAGGGACAUAAAGCCAGUUUCUGUCUGGAGGACACCAGCUGCGAUCCAGGUGUGAGGAGAAGAUACGCCUGCACAGCUCACACACAGGGAUUGGGCCCAGGCUGCUAUGACACCUACCAUGCCAACAUCGACUGCCAGUGGAUUGAUAUUACAGAUGUUUCUCCUGGAGAUUAUAUUUUAAAAGUAACCGUGAACCCAGGUUUCCAGGUUCAAGAGUCUGACUUCUCAAAUAACGUUGUUAGAUGCGACAUCAGAUACACAGGGACGUACGUUCAAGCAAGUAACUGCAGAAUCACAGGAUAAUGAUCCAGUUUGCAUCAUUCAAACUUCCAGUGGUGAAAUCAUCCAAACAUGUCUUUGUAGAUUAGGUAUAAUUCGACUUAUUUUCUCAGUGACUGUGACAUAUUUAGUAAAGCUAAAAUAAGUUCCAAUAAUGGUAUACAAUGAAUAUUUGUUAAUACCUUUUGUAAUAUAAGGAAAUAUUCAAUUACAUAUUCUAUUUAUUGUAUUUAUUUAAUGCUGUAAUUUGGUGUAACCUUUGGUGCUAAAGUUUCAGUAAAACUCAAGUAAAUAUAUGUAUGUUUUG